UUCUGUGCGCAUGCGCAGUGAGAACAGCGAGCGGCGCUCAAUGCUCGGGUUUUUCUCUCGCGAGGAAGGACGCCAUUAUCGGAAUCCUCACAAACAACACGAGAAUUCAUCAUUCACACGGUUUGAAUGAUGUCAGAGCAGGAUUUGGUGGAGAUAGUCCAGAUCGCAGUGGCGGACUUGAAUCACGAAGGACACCAAACAGAUAUCCUGGAGAAUAAUGAAGACGCUGAUCAACCAGGAAGGAAACGAGCAAGGAUUGACAUUAGUCAAGAAACAACUAUUAAGUCGAUGCUGAUAUCCAUCAGUCAGGUGAUCUGCCAGCGGCUGGACAGUAUGGAGGCGAAGCUGCAGGUUCUCGAGGCCACCUGUCGAGGUUUAGUGGAGAAGCUGGACAUAGUGAUGGGGAAAAACCAGUUGAACAUCCAGGUACCCAUGGUGUCAGGGUCCCCUUUUGGAGCCACUCAGACUUGCGACAAAGUACGCUGUGUUGUUCCCCAGACAAACGUUAUAGUGAGUGGAGACAGGCCGAAGACUCGGGAGGAAACUUCACCGCGUGCAUCGGACUCUUUAGAGAACCUACUCAGCAAUACCGUUGGGCGAGGAAGACAGAAAACCAUAGUGCUGAAGGUUCCAGUCCAUGAAGAGAUCCAGGAGGAUCAGGAAAGCGGUUCUGAAACGAGCGAUUCGGUGUCCAACAGCGGCCAGAAUCAGAAUACCAACAACGUAACGCUCAUCACUCUCAACUCAGAGGAGGACUAUCCAACAGGAACGUGGCUCGGUGACGAGAACAACCCUGAGAUGCGCGUGCGCUGCCCGGUGUCUCCAGCAGACAUGUUGCACAUCAGCACCAACUGCCGCACGGCGGAGAAAAUGGCCCUGACGCUGCUGGACUACCUGUUCCACCGCGAGGUGCAGGCCGUCUCCAACCUGUCCGGCCAGGGCAAGCACGGCAAGAAACAGCUGGACCCUCUCAUGAUCUACGGCAUUCGGUGUCACCUGUUCUACAAGUUCACCAUUACCGAGUCCGACUGGUACCGUAUCAAGCAGAGCAUUGAUUCCAAGUGUCGAACCGCUUGGCGUCGGAAGCAGCGAGGACAGAGUUUGGCCGUUAAGAGUUUCUCACGACGGACUCCCGCCUCGCAGAACAGCACAGAUGGAGUCUCGGCCGCAGAGACGUCGGCUCUCGAGACCUCUACCCAGCAGGCCUUGCACUACGCUCUGGCUGGAGCCACACAACAAGUCCAGAUCCACCGUAUUGGAGAAGACGGACAGGUGCAAGUUAUACCGCAGGGACACCUCCACAUCGCUCAGGUGCCACAGGGGGAACAGGUGCAGAUCACACAGGACAGCGAGGGCAACCUACAGAUUCACCAAGUGCAUGUUGGGCAAGAUGGCCAGGUAAAUGUGCUAAGAGGACCGCAGCUCAUCGCUGUGGCGUCGAGCGACGGGGCCGGCGGGGUUGACGCAUCGCCUCUCCAGGGUAACGAUAUUCAGGUGCAAUACGUCCAGCUGGGAACGGUGACCGACCACACUGGCGCAGUACAAGCUGACGCUCUGACUCCAGGUCUGCAGACGGAGAUGGACGUAAAGGAGGCCAUUCAGCUUCAACAAGCCGAGAACGGAGAGGUGGUUCAGAUCCAGAUGCCAGGCACUUGAAAAACCUUCUCGCAUGUUCAUAAACAAUGAUCUUCGGCUAGAGCGUCAAGGAGAGGGCGAAACCAAGAAGCGUGGCCACUCAAGCUCAAAUUCCCAACCGAAACCACCGCUGUCAGUCAACAAUUAUUGACUAAAUCCAAGUAAAACAAAUGCAAUUUGUUGUAACAUGUCAGCUGGUUUGGAAACUACUGGCCGUUUCCCACCAAUUACAGUCGCAGUGUGCUUAGUAACAUAUAAACAAUGCUGGCUUCAUCUCCAGCUCAUCCAAUCUCUCUGGCACUGAACUAAACAGAAAAGAACAGAAGGCUUUUCCUCUUCGGUCUCUCGGAAGUACCUCAUAUGCAAGGAACAAGCAAUGGUCAACUAAAGAUUCAAGCAGACGGUUGAGUUACUGGGCUUAAAGCGGUCACUUAAACUACCCAUGUGUCAUUUCGGCAUCACACUUUGUAGACUUUGACUAUCAUAUAUAUUAUGAAUCAGCAGCUAUGUAAAAUAAGCUUCAGUUCAUAUUUCAUAAUCCAAUAUUUUUCCGUUUUGCCAUCCUUUUGUGAUGUUUUUUGGUGUGUAUGUGUGUGUUUGUAUUGGUGAGAGACUGGGGUAUGUUUUGAGGUCCGCCCCUUCUUCAUUCAUCAAUAACCGAUUUGUGUUCAGAAUGGUUAGUCUAAAUAUUUUUAGUUUCAAAUAGCUUUAUUGUACAGAGAAAAAAAAACUACUGAAAGUUUUGUGGAGCUUUUGUAGGGCAGUUUACUAAUACACAGUAAUAUGACGACGGUGAACUGUGUUUAUGUAGUAUAUGAAAUAAAAACUUUUUCAUAUAUAUAUAUAUAU